GAAUUUGGUCGACUUCUACAAAGAGACGCGUUGGUCGAAGAAAAAGAAUGCAUUUGUCACAGAUGCUACAGAAAGUACUUAUAAGGAGAUGCAAGGUAGGUUGGAUGGCCUAGGACCAGAGCAACGUAGUGAUGAGGCAGCAGCGACUGUCUUUAGGGAGGUUCUUGGCCAUCGACCUGGAUAUGCACGGGGACUUGGGGAAAUGGUCAUCCCCGAGUCAAGUAGACAACGUGACAAAGUUCAAAUGCAACAAUACAUGUCUGAGGCUGAAAAGCACAAGAAAGAUGCUGAACAAUAUAAGAAGGAUGCUGAGCAAUAUAAGAAGGAUGCUGAAGCUUACAAGAGUCAGCUGGAUGAAAUGAGGACAGAGAUGCAGGAGCUGAGGGAGCAUCAGAUAGAAAAUGACAAAGUGAUGCAGUCUUUCUUUAGGGCUUUCCCAUCGUUCACUGAGUCAGUUCGACAGACUCAGUGUAACGAUUCCCCCGGCCCAUAA